AUGUGGAGUAAGAAGAAGCUAGAAGCAUUUGUGAUACUGAACAUAAUCGCAUCUGUGGUACUUUCUGUUUUAAAAGUUGUGGUGCUUGCGAAUUACAGGGCCGGAGGCCUGCUGAUGCUUAUUUCGAGCUUUGUAAAAAUGAUGAUUUCAUAUAUAAAUGUGCAAUCAUUUGAUUUUAAGAUGAAGUAUGUAUUUAUUAUUGCAAGUUUGAGCUUUGCAGGGGGAUGUCUGGGAAUGGUCUCAUACUACUAUAAAGCAUCCUCGACGUCAUAUGUCAUUUCCUCCGACCUCCAGUACUUAUUCACAGCACUCAUAGCAACGACUUGGAAUGGAUCAAGAUACUCGUCUAUCCAGUGCAUUGGGAUGCUAAUGAUUCUGGGAGGAUUCUUUCUUGAGAUAUCUUCCAACGAAAGGCUCUGCAUUCCAUUCCAUAUGCUUAUUGGGACCCUUUCUGGGAUGUUCAACGCAAUUAGCCUCGCCAUAUUUGAGUUCAGGAUAAAGCAGGCUCUUGUAGACUUCAGGAGGUUCUGGCGCUACAUGACAACAUAUACAUUAUUCCUGACCCUCUUUUCCUUGCCUUAUGCUGCAACGGAAGCAUUCUACAAAAGGCUUAACUAUGCCAAGCUCAUCUCAUCCCCGAUCAUAUAUAUAGUAUUUCUUAUAGAGAUUGCAACAACAUAUCUAUUGUCGGAAGUUUCUCUGUUUCUGGAUACUGUAGAAAGAUCAACGCUGCUCAACGUUGUUACAGGCAUUUCUGCUAUUGUUUCUGAUGUCUAUCUAUGUAGAGAAAUAGAUGUCCAGCGCUUCCUGGCAUUUUCCUUCACGGUGAUAGGCGUCCAGGUAUUCAACUUUUUUUGGAAGGAGGUAGUCCAUCCGUUUGACCAAGCAUGUACAACACAGAAAUAA